AUUAGGCUGGCCGCUAGGCUAUCACACACAUCAUCUCUGCCCUCCUCUGAGCGCGCUGUAUUUUAAGUAGCAGGUGUUUUAAAAACGGUGUUCAUUUCUUAGCCAGGCAGUACAGUAGCUCCCUCCGUCGCUCUCUCUCUCUGUCACACACACACACACACUAAACACUGCAAUGUCAGCCGCCAGCACCGAGACGAGCGCCCUGUUGCCUGCGGCCGCCAGCCGGGUGUUCUUCCAGCCGCUGGCCGGGGUAGGGUGCGCUGGGUCCGGACCCAUGCCGCGGGACGACCCGGUCCAGAGGAAGCAGGGGAAAGUGACGGUGAAAUACGACAGGAAGGAGCUGCGGAAGAGACUGAUCUUGGAGGAGUGGAUUAUUGAACAACUGAGCGAUCUGUACGACUGUGAGGAAGAGGAGAUGCCAGAGGUGGAGAUAGACAUCGAUGACCUGUUGGAAGUCAACAGCGAAGACGAGAGAGCCGUCAAACUACAGGAAUCCUUAAUGGACUGCUAUAAACCCACGGAGGUCUUUGUCAGUGAGUUGUUAGGGAGGAUAAGAGGAAUGAGGAAACUCACUGCUCCCACCAAGAAGGGUCUAUAAUGGAUGUCAACCAACCGCAACUCAACCAUAACCAGAUUUGGACAAGUAUAGACAAUUCAAACUCAUCUCAACCGCAUCGAAUCUCUCCUGCAACUCAACUACACGGACCGUCCAAUAGCUCAGUGACACACCCCAUUAUUAUCCCUUAAAGGAUAACUCCACCCCGCAAAAAAAUAUGUUGGUGUUUGUUUCAUUAGUCCAUUGUUGAUACAGUCCAUUGUUGAUACAGUCUAUUGUUGAUACAGUCCAUUGUUGAUACAGUCCAUUGUUGAUACAGUCCAUUGUUGAUACAGUCCAUUGUUGAUACAGUCCAUUGUUGAUACAGUCCAUUGUUGAUACAGUCCAAAAACAACUUCUUCAAGAUGUAUAACCCUAUCCUUGCCCGAGCACUACACAUCUAUCAUACCAGCUGUGGUUCUGUAUCCUUGCCCGAGCACUACACAGCUGAUUUAAAUAACUAACUCAUCCUCAAGCUGUGAUUAUUUAAAAUCAGCUGUGUAAUUCUAAAAACCUAAAGGUGCAGCCUGGGUCCCAGGCCCGAGUUUGGGAAGCCCCCUGCUCUACUCCACAGAAAUGACUGAAUAUGAUAACAAUACUCAGUAUUACACAACUGAACAGCCAUAAUACAACAUCACAACCCAAUCACAACACAUAACCCCUACAUAACCACUACAUAACCCCUACAUAACUACAUAACACAAUGCAACCCAAUCACAACACAUAACCACUACAUAACCACUACAUAACUACCUAACACAAUGCAACCCAAUCACAACACAUAACCCCUACAUAACCCCUACAUAACCCCUACAUAACC